AUGGUGGAAUCUGCAUCUGAAUCAAUUCGAUCUACUCCAACCAGUCAGAAUGGAGUAAGCAGUCUUCCCAACCAGUCUGAAGGAGGUGGAGCACGGGAGGCUAGUGCAAGUGGAGACACUAAUGGAGAAUUAAGUACAGCAGAGCUUCUACAUUUCCAGCAGCAACAGGCAUUGCAGGUGGCAAGACAGCUUUUGUUACAGCAGGCAACAGGGCUAAGUACUCCAAGCAGCACAGAAAGCAAGCAGCCUUCAGUUCAGGUCCCCGUUUCAGUGGCUAUGAUGUCUCCACAAAUGUUAACCCAGCAACAGAUGCAACAGAUUUUGUCCCCUGCACAAAUUCAGGCAGUUCUGCAGCAGCAGCAAGCGCUUAUGUUGCAGCAGCUUCAGGAAUAUUACAAGAAGCAACAAGAACAGCUACACCUCCAGUUGCUCUCACAGCAGCAGUCAGGGAAACAGCAGGCCAAAGAGCCAGCACUGGGGAAUAAACAGUUGGCCUUCCAACAACAGCUUCUACAGAUGCAGCAACUUCAGCAGCAGCACUUGUUAAACCUACAGAGACAGAGUCUAGUUGGGAUACAGCCAGGCCAAGGGCCUGUAACCAUACCUGGUCUACCCCAAGUUUCCCCAUCAGAUUUUCAACAGCUCCUUAAAGAGAUGAGUAAUAAUCAAGAGGAUUCUAGCAAACAGGACAGCAUUGAACUGAGCUCUACAAUUUCUACCUCAUAUUCAUCUGCCAAGGUGUCACCUCCAACAGUUCACAUGUCUUUACCAAAUGGGCAAAGUGCUCUGCAAACCGCACGGCGGAUGCCUCCCAACUCGCACCCUCUUUAUGGACAUGGUGAAUGUCGAUGGCCUGGCUGUGAAGCUCUGUGUGAGGAUAUGGGACAGUUUAUAAAGCAUCUGAAUACAGAACAUGCAUUGGAUGACCGUAGCACAGCACAGUGUCGAGUACAGAUGCAGGUGGUGCAACAACUGGAAAUACAGCUGGCAAAAGAAAGUGAAAGACUGCAAGCAAUGAUGACACAUCUACAUAUGAGACCGUCCGAACCAAAACCCUUCAGUCAACCACUUAACCUGGUUUCCAGUGCUUCUCUCAACAAAAUGUCCCCAGACACCUACCCAGAUGGCUUGCCACAACCCCCAACAUCAGCAACAGCACCCAUCACUCCAGUGAGAGCUGGCACAUCUGUGAUUAGCUCUUCAAGCCUACCUAGCAUUGGUCCUGUGCGAAGAAGGAUAGUGGACAAAUUCUGUACGCCAAUUUCUUCAGAGCUUGCACAGAAUCAUGAAUUUUAUAAAAAUGCAGAAGUCCGUCCACCGUUUACAUAUGCCUCACUCAUACGACAGGCUAUUCUAGACACACCAGACAGACAACUGACUUUAAAUGAGAUCUACAAUUGGUUUACUCGCAUGUUUGCCUAUUUUAGAAGAAACACAGCCACAUGGAAAAAUGCUGUUCGUCACAACCUGAGCUUGCAUAAAUGCUUUGUGCGUGUGGAAAACGUGAAAGGAGCAGUGUGGACAGUGGAUGAGCUGGAAUACCAAAAGAGGAGGCCGCCAAAGAUGACAGGAAGUCCAACACUUGUGAAAAACAUGAUUUCUGGUCUGGGCUAUGGAGGAUUAAACGCCAGUUAUCAGGCUGCACUCGCUGAGAGUAGUUUUCCCCUGAUGAAUAGCCCUCCAACUCUCAACAGCUCUGGCAGUGGGCUUCAUGGUGGGCAUGACGAUGUCACCAGCACUGGAGAGCCUGGGAACAGUAAUGGCAGCAGCCCACGUCUGUCACCGCAAUACAGUCAAUCUGUUCAUGUCAAAGAAGAGCCAGCCGAAGAGGAAGUGAGACCUGCCUCCCUCUCAGUCUCCAACCAGAACACAGUGCUGCCAGAGGACCAUGACAUGGAACCAGAGACAGUUAUGGAAGACUUGUCCUAA